GCAAGUCUUACUAUUUUUGCAAGACACGACUAACUAGACUUGACAGAAUGGCUGAAUUAAGCGGACAUGAUUUGUUCACAGCUUAUUUUAGAGUCGGUUUGCAUGGGCACUAGCAGCCUUAGCAGUUUUCCUGUCAGCGUGUGAGUGGAUCAUUCUGCAAACCUGGAAUCGGUAAGCAAAUCAGAAGACAGCUGCCGAACCUUGGAAUGGAAACGUCCGCCCGGGAGUUACCUCCAAAAGACUCCAUCCAAUUGGCGCCAGCAGCGGGCGUCAACGACAGAAUAACCAUGGUAAUGCCGCAUGCGAGGUGAGAUCGUGCCUGAGCAGCCUGGGCAGCCUGGGCCAGGGCACGAGACCCCAAGGCCGCCCCUGGGGGGUGGUUGGUGCAAACACAGUUAAAGAGCCCCCCUUCCGUUCUCCAUUCUACUCAGCCUUCACCCUUCACUCUUUCACCCAACUAUCCUAUCCCGUCUUUAUUUGACGCGUUCUUUCUUUCGUUCCUCUUCUUCUCUUUCUUACCCCCUUCAAGGACGCAUUCCACUCGCUUUGUGCAUCCUUCGAGUCAGCGGUCAUUUUGCUUCUCUGCUCAGCCUUAACUCUCAUUGUUUGCCUAAACCCCCUUCUUCCAUCGCGCACACCCACCAUUCUCUCCCUCCGCCGUACCGGCUUUUCCACUCGAUUCUGGCUUUUAUCUAUCGCCUUAUUAACAAACUCUUUGGCCCCUGCUGAUAUAUUCGCAGUCGGGGAAUCGAUUGACCAUUCUUUUCCUUCUACACCCUCUUUUUCGCCAUGGCCCGGCUUUUGACCUAUCUUGCGUGCUUGGCGCUUUCUACCCAAGUCGUUCUCGCACAGAAGCCAGUACCCUGCGACAAUGAUAACAAAUGUCCUGACAAGGCCCCAUGCUGCUCCCUAUACGGAGAAUGUGGAGUGGGAGCCUACUGCCUGGGCGGCUGUGACCCCAAAUCUUCAUUUUCCAUCGAGUCAUGCGCGCCUGCUCCAGUAUGUAAAAGCAAAACGUACAAAUUUGACAACUUGGACGGAGUUGCCCCACGAACAAAAUAUCUCGGCGAUGCGGGCAAGUCAGACUGGGUCUCGAGUGGGAAAACUCUUUCUACCAGUGGAGCCCUCGUAAUGACCAUGCCACCAAAUUCCGUCGGUACUCAUCUUGCCAACAAUCACUACAUGUGGUAUGGCAAAACUAGUGCCAAAUUGAAGACUAGUCGUGGUGCCGGCGUUAUCACUGCCUUCAUCCUUAUGUCUGAUGUGAAGGAUGAGAUUGAUUUUGAAUGGGUCGGAACUGAUUUGCAAACUGUUCAGACCAACUGGUAUUUCCAGGGCAUCAUUGAUUAUACCAACGGAAAAAAUCUUAGUGUCGGCGGCAACUCCUUUUCGGAGGAACACACAUACGAGAUCGACUGGAGACCAGAUUCGAUCACUUGGUCUAUUGAUGGAAAGCCUCUACGCGUCUUGAACAAAAAGGAUACCCUCAACAAGAAGACCAACCAAUACCACUACCCACAAACUCCUUCCCGCGUUCAGCUCUCCCUCUGGCCUGGCGGGAAAGAGGAUGCCCCCCAGGGAACAAUUGAUUGGGCCGGAGGUCUCGUGGACUGGAAUCAUGAGGAUAUCCAAAAGCACGGCUAUUACUUUUCGCUCGUCUCGGAGGUUACAAUGGAGUGCUAUGACCCACCUGCGAAGGCUAAGAUUGAAGGCGACAAGUCGUACUUCUACGAUGAUAUUGCUGGAACCGAGGACACUGUUGUGAUUUCUGGCAGAAAAACAGUUCUCAAGUCAUUCCUUGGCACUGGCACUGAUAUGGAUAAGGACUAUCCGUCUGGACCUGGGUCGAAGCCCACUGAGUCGGAUAUCGCUGUUAUUCCUGGCAUCAGCGGAGGCGGACCUGGCACCAAUGGUCACGCCCCAAGUCCUGGUGGUGGCUCUGGUGGUGGCUCUGGCGGUGGCUCUGGCGGUGGCUCUGGCGGUGGGGAUGACGACGGUGACGGGCCAUCCACUGAUUUCACUGGCCCAGGAGUUAACAACAAUGGCUCUAGCGGUGCUCCAUCCCAGAACGAACGUGUUCUCAAAGGAUCGAUAUUUGCAGUUCUCGUGGCCGUAAUGGCUUUGGUUAACAUGUAAGGAUAAAGAUUUAAUGCUGUUUUGGGAUAUAUAACUAUCAAUACACGACUUCAUUUAAUAUGGAUCUGCGUCUCUCUCUCUCUC